GAAAGAUUCUGUGCGAAAUUCCACUUUUCAUAGUGUUCUGUGGACUGGAGAUGGCUAAUUUCAAAUGUGAAUGCGAGACACUUGAUCCUCAGAAUACUAUCCUGAAGGACUACUUGCCGACGGGAUACGACUACAGGCUGUGUCUCUUCGAAGCUCCAGAAGACAAUUCCGAGAACUUCAAGGCCAGUUUUCGGAUCAAGCUGUCGACACGUGACAAGGUGGAGGCCUGGUUCAAGGCCCUGCAGGAGAAGUCAGCUACGACGUGGAGAGUGAGGAAGACCUACCCCUGCAAUCAUGGCAUUGGAGCUAGGAAUAAGAAUAUAUUCAGGUUGGACUACGGCUGCCAUCAUAACACUCGUCCCAAACCCAAAGGUGAACCUAGGAAAUCCUCCAAGCACACAUCAUGCAGUGCUACAGUUUACCUCGUAGUAAAGAGACAAGCCGACGAGAGAGGAAGAGUCAGUCGGUCAUCAGACCCGCACAUUCGGAUGGGCUACCUCACGAGGUGCACGAUCAACAACUCCCACAACCACGCCAUUAGGAGCGCAGAGGCGAUGCGCAGACGUGACGUCUCUCAGGAGACCCGUGGCAGGCUCCUGAAGCUCUACGAGGAAGGGUAUAAGCCCUCGGCGGCCCUGGAGGCCCUGAAGCUACGACUGCAAGAGGAAUACGGGUCAGACUAUGCUCAGAAGUCAGCGGAUAGAUCGGUGUGCCCUGAUGUUCAGUACUGCUUUAGGUUGUACUACUCCCUGUACAAGCAAGAUACCCCUAAAAAGAUACGAAAGACUCUUCUAAAAGCGAUUGAAACAAAGUUGCGACUCAACGACAUCAACGACAACUACUUCAAGAUGGCUACCACGGCGGAAGGUCAUGCCGUCGUCGUGAUCUGCUCCGCCUCCAUGCAGAGAGUUCACGAGUUCUGGCCGACCAGCAAAGAGCUGUGCUACCUGGACACGUUCGAAGGUCUGGAGAGGCAGAACUGGAGGGUCACUGUCCUCCUGACACCGAGCCCCAUCGGGGAACUUCCUCUAGGGAUUCUGAUGUCUUCCUCAGGGUCUUCGGAAACACUGUCUCUAGGGCUGCAGCUCCUGCAUAAGCUGUUGCCGAAGUUCUCCUACUACGAGCGCGGACAUAGCGGACCGAGCGUGGUGAUCACCAGAGAGGAUGCGGAAGAGCAAUUGACCCUGCAUAAGGUGUACCCGACGGCGGAACUGCUCGUCAACCCUCAGGCUCUCAUCCAAUCCGCAAAGGACUGGUUGUGGAAUCCGGUGAACAGUGUCAGCAAGGCUGAUCGCCAGGAGCUUCUGCGACAUCUCAGGGCCGUCAUCGAGGCGAGGACGCCAGACGAUCUGAACUCCAUCUAUGAGCUUGCGAGACAGGACGCGGAGAAUCGGACGCAUCUUAACUUUGUGGAGUUCCUGGACAAUCUUUACGAGCGCAGGGAGAUGUGGUCUUUGGCCCUCAAGAGCAGUCCUGCCUUGUUGAACAACCGUGUCUUAGGGACUGUCAAGGUACCUAUGGAGAAAAUACUGCAGAAGGUCAAAGGUUACAACAUCCUGCGGUUGGUUGAUGACCUGCUGAACCGUCUCGGUCCUUACUACGAGCGCAAGCUCAUUGACGCAGGAAACAACGGGUCGGAACGAGUCACCUUUGCAUCGUAUCCAACAGACUUGCUCGGCCCGGAGACCACCGUGAAGAAGGUGAAUGAGAUAGACUACGAAGUCCUCGUUGACACGUCAAACGGUCAGAACCUAUCCUGCUUUCACAUCAACAUGGAGCAUGGUCUGUGCAGCUGUCACGAGGAACAGGGGCGUAUCCCGUGUCUACACCAGAUGGCGGUGUACAAGAAGUUUGGAAAGAACAGCGGGACCUUCUUCCCGACCGAGCUAAGGUCCUUGUUCACCAAAAUCGCUACAGGUAAAGAGACGCCUGAUGAUGUAUGGUACCAGCCAUUGACUGUGAGCAGGGAAGUUCAGAUCACAUCCGAUGGCAAGCAAGAACUGCCUCUUGAGGACAUCAAAGUGCAGGAGGCCAUGAUGGAACUGUCCGCUGUCCUGGAACAGCAAGCCGCCUCAAGGAUGAUCAAUGACGAUGACAGCAGCGAUGACGACGAAAGAGGGAUGGAAGAGACGGUGGGGUACGUACCCCGCGAAGCGCAUCAACAGCUGCAGGAGGUCUUUGCCGAUUUGGAAAAGAGGCUGCUUGAUGAUCCAGUGGCCUUUGAAGGACCCGUCCGAGCCUUUGCAAAGAACUACCUGGAGGCUGUUCAACAGGGAAGGUUGGCUUCGGCAGUGGGUUCCUUUGGCCAGAGCAGGAGUGUCACUGGGAGCAAGAUCAAAAGGACAGGUGAAGAUGUGGCUCCAGACACGUCCCAUCUGCAUGUCAUUGCGGAGACAGAGGAAGUCCAUCGCAGGAAGAUGGCUGUGAAACGUUCAUGACCACAGAGUCCGGCAGUGGGUUCCUUAGGUCAGAACAGGAUUGUCGCUGAUAGCAAGAUCAAAAGGACAGGUGAAGACGUGGCUCCAGACACGUCCCAUCCGCAUGUCAUUGCGGAGACAGAGGAAGUCUAUCGCAGAAAGAUGGCUGUGAAAGGUUCAUGACCGCUGAAUCCGGAACAUUAUAGUCGUGUAUCAGGACUAUUGACCAGAAGCUAUUAAGGGAACAUCCCAUUUGCUUGAUAUGUGAAACAGGGUAUGAAGGUAGAGCUUAAGGCUGAAGACUUGUGAUUGAAAAGCAGCAUCCUGGAGCAAUGGCAGCAUCACAUUGGGAUGUCAUUGCAGAGUUGAUUGAGCUCCACAGUUACGAAAGUCGAAAGCUGAAAAAUUGUAUUGCAAUCCUAAGGGUGUUCCGGCCCCUACAUCAUUGGGCAGUGUGUCAGUUGGAUGUCAGCACAGAGCUGAUAAAGAUCUAUUGCAGGAAUUGUAAACUCGUUCUUAGCGUGUAGUCUAGACUCCACAGCUGAAGAGUUGUGGUAACAUUGUCCAGUAGCUAGGGCGUUGCAGUAUCAUCAAAGAGUUGGUCGUGGUCUAUUACAGGAACUCCAAGAAAAUCUUAAGGAUGGAGCCUGAAGCUGAAGAUUUGUCCAGCAGUUGGGGCCGCAUCACAUUUGAAUAUCUUUCUGUAUGGAGGAAACAGACAUUACGAAAAGCUUUUGUUAAAAAUAUACCCCACCACUAUAGCACAGAAACCAAUGUAAUUCAGGUGGGGUAUCACAACCCCCAUUUUGUUUCUCUCGUUAAAACUUGGACAGAGCCUUGCAGCUCUGCGUAAGAGAUUAUGGUAUUGGAUUGCAGCUGUGCUCUACAUCGUCGUACUUAUUAAAUAGUUUAAACAAACUUUUACUGGGGCUCUGCCUAAAAGGAAAUGAGAAGUAGGAAAUAUACAUUUACUUGUUUUAAGAUAUUUUCAUGUCCAAAAGUCACUCCUAAUUUAGAUGAAGACCAUAAUGAAAGCUUGUAAUGUUAUGAACCAGAGGAAUAUUACACUGAGUUCCCAUAGGAAAUCUAUUUAUUCAGAUGGUCAUAUCUCAGCCAAUACUUAACCUAUUCAAUUGGUUUCCAACAUUUGGACGUUAUUUGUUAUGCUUUUGGAAAAUGAAGAAAAAAUGAAUAAAAAUUGAAAAAAUAGAAUUUUAUUGACGUCACACUUCACCACUCUAUAGAGUGCCAGAUUAAUAUUUUAGAGGUUGAUUUUAUACAAUCUAACUACAUUUUUGUAUACAGAUAUUAUUUUUUAGGCAAUUACUACACUUUAAAACCACCCAUUGGAAGCAAUUUACCAAUGGAUGAAUAAGGAAAACAAGUACCAGUAGUCUUUCUUUGAAGUGGUAUUGUAAAACAUGAUAUUUGAUAGGAUUCUAAGACUGUAAAUGUGUCAUGUAUUGCUUGUUUCGAGCCAGAAGCUCAUUAUGCAAUUGUAGUUAAUACUUGGAAAAUACAUUUCAAUGAGUGAUUUUAAAGGCCAAUGUUUUGAUGCAGUUCAUGAUUGUGUGUGCGUGUGUGUGUGUUUUACAUAUUACAUAAAAAUGCAACUGAAGUAAAUGAUUGAACUAAAAUGUUGUGCCACUAAGCAAA